AUGUCCGGUCGUGGAGCAUGGAAGCCUAUGAACCCGAAGAACAUUAUUGUUCGAGCUUCGGUAUGGAUAAUCGGAGCCAUCCCGUUUUUUACCUUUGCAGCCAUGUCGAUCGCCGGAUCUGCGACAACAACUCCGGGGAUGCAAAACGUCUACAUCGGGCAAAUCGCCAAGGUUGGCACCGAUGGAUCUAAAAUUGGUGGAUUAAGGUUCGGCUAUAUGGGUCUUUGUGCCUAUGUGGGAGUGGAGGGAAGCAAUGGAGAUACGUUCAAGAAUACGAAUGGUUUCCAAUGCAUAGGCAAACAGUAUGAUCAGUCACCCGCUGAAAUUGCCGCAACACUUCAUGUCGAUUCAAACAUCGUACAAUUAGGACAAAAGUUACAGAACGAUAUAUCCAUGUUUAUGCCUAUGGUCGCACUGUCACUGUUCCUCCUAGGAUUCCUCGUUGAUACCUUUGCAUGGCUCUUCGCAGGUCUAGGACGACCUGUUGGUAUGGCCGGUACAAUAGCUAUGCCAUUUCUGUGGGCAGCCGUAGCCACCAGUCUGGGUGCAGCAUACACCCUCACUGUAUCCGUUAACGCAAUCAACACGGUACUUGGCGAUUCAGCCGUAGGAUGUUCUGCGAACGUACAUAUUGAACAAGGUAAAACACUCGAAGGGCUUCAGUGGGCUGCCUUUGGCUUUUCUCUCCUCUUCGCACUUGGUAUCUUCAUGAUUACUAGAGAUACCAUGUACGGAUUCAAUAUUGCCCCUCGUGCUAAAUCCCGUGGAAGAAGAACGGAAGACGUAUACCCUGAUGCGUAUUCCGAACAAGAACGGUCUGUAAGCUACGAGAGAUAA